AUGGCUCCACCGUUUGCUGCGUUCUCAAAAUACCCUAAAUAUUUCAUUUUUGGCCGUCACCUGCAGGUACAAAUUCCCAUCUUACACUCUUGUCUUUUGUACCUUCAAAUCCCAGGCACCUUGUUCCAUCUGAAUGAGGAAACUGCACACUCCUCCCUUGCCAUUUCAGAGGACGGAUUUACAUUCAUGUUCUAUGGGGAUGAAUAUACAGAAUUAAAUGACAUCACCUUCAGUGAUAACGCGUUCUCCAGAUGUGUGGCCAUAAUGGGAGAGCUAAUACCAAUUAGAGGGAAGCAUUAUUGGGAAUUAGAAGUGGAAGAACAGACAGAAUACCGGAUCGGGGUGGCAUACGAAGACACACAGAGAAAUGGAUACCUUGGUGCAAACAACACCUCCUGGUGCAUGAGGCACGUCACGACACCAUCAAGGCACAAAUAUGAAUUUUUGCACAAUGGAUCAACUCCAGAUAUCCGAAUUACAAUGCACCCGAAGCGCAUUGGAGUGUCUCUAGACUACGAAACAGGGAAACUUGCGUUUUUUAACACAGAGCUUUCACAGCAUAUCUACACAUACAAGUGUCACUUUCUGCACUACGUACACCCUUGUUUUGCAUUAGAGAAGCCUGGCGCUCUGACCGUGCACAAUGGCAUUGAAGCUCCUGAAUACAUUACAUUCUCAUGAACAGGCUCAUUGGAGAGUGACGCAUUUAAACAGGAUAUUUAAUACUAGCUAACUCAAAUUUCCAAAAUGCUCUAGCCAGUCUUGUAUGAUGUA